CGCCGCCUGGGAGAGAUGCGACGACCGACUCCGGGAGUGUCUGAUUACGCACUUCCUCCCGGGGCCAGGGCCAUAUCGGCUUGUGGUGGGUUCGAGUCCCGCCUCCUGACUCUCGCCUCUUACCCCUGAGUCUGGGGCGGGGCGCCUUCGCCGGGUAACCUCUCCUCGGCGAGGGGUGGCGGCGGCACACCUUGGGCUUCACCAUGGAGGUUUACCUGCAGGGUUGUCGAGCUGCUUUGCAGGAGUCCCAACCUCUACACGUUGUGUUGGGAAAUGAAGCCUGUGAUUUGGACUCCAUGGUGUCUGCUCUCACCCUGGCUUUUUACCUGGCAAAGACAACUGAGGCUGACAAGGUCUUUGUGCCGGUUUUAAACAUAAAACGUUCUGAGCUACCUCUGCGAAGUGACAACGUCUUCUUCCUUCAGAAGGUUCACAUUCCAGAGUCUGUCUUGAUCUUCCGGGAUGAGAUUGACCUCCACGCACUGCACCAGGCUGGCCAAGUCACCCUCAUCCUUGUUGACCAUCAUGUCUUACCCAAAAGUGAUACAGCCCUAGAAGAGGCAGUAGCAGAGGUGCUAGACCAUCGUCCCAUCGAACAGAGACACUGUCCUCCCUGCCAUGUUUCAGUAGAGCUGGUGGGAUCCUGCGCUACCCUGGUGGCAGAGAGGAUUCUGCAGGAGGCACCAGAGAUCUUGGACAGGCAAACUGCAGCCCUUCUGCAUGGUACCAUCAUCCUAGACUGUGUCAACAUGGACCUUCAAGUUGGAAAGGCAACCCUAAAGGACAAGAAAUAUGUGGAGAAACUGGAGGCCCUCUUCCCAGAUCUUCCCAAUAGAAAUGAUAUCUUUGAUUCCCUGCAGAAGGCAAAAUUUGAUGUAUCAGGACUGACCACCGAGCAGAUGCUGAGAAAGGACCAGAAAACCAUCUACAGACAAGGCACCAAGGUGGCCAUUAGUGCAAUAUAUAUGGAUUUGGAGGCCUUUCUACAGAGGUCCGGCCUCAUUGCAGAUCUCCAUGCUUUCUGCCAGGUGCACAGCUAUGAUGUCCUGGUCGCCAUGACUAUCUUUUUCAACACUCAUAAUGAGCCAGUGCGGCAGCUGGCUAUUUUCUGUCCCCUUGUGGAGCUCCGAAUGAUGAUAUGCCAAGUCCUGGAACACUCCCAUUCUCCUUCCCUAAAGCUGACCCCUGCCCCAAGCACCCACCCUAACCUCCAAGCCUAUCAUCAAGGCAACACCCAGGUCUCUCGGAAGAAACUUCUACCUCUGCUCCAGGAAGCUCUGUCAGCAUAUUUUGACUCCAUGAAGAUCCCUUCAGGGCAGCCUGAGACAGUGGGUGUGUCUAGGGAGCAGGUGGACAAGGAAGUGGACAGGGCAAGUAACUCUCUGAUCACUGGAAUGAGUCAAGAUGAGGAGGACCCUCUGCUGCCCCCCACGCCCAUGAACAGCUUGGUGGAUGAGUGCCCUCUGGAUCAGGGACUGCCUAAGCUCUUAGCUGAAGCCAUCUUUGAGAAGUGCAGCCAGAUCUCACUGUCACAGUCUACCAAUGCCUCCCUAUCAAAGAAGUGACUCUUGGGAGGGGGAAGGGAUAGUGGGAGAGGCUGUUUGACCCACCCCCAAUGCAUGUUUUGAGAUGUUUGGAAAUUUCAGCAAUUUUGUCCUCAGUGCUCCAGAAUCUGGUGUACUGUUCUUAUAAACUUGGAAGGAGAAAGAAGUGAAAAAAAGCAGCUGCUUUUGAAUAGUUUUCUACCUUUUCUCCCUAAUCUACCAAUCAUAAAAAUGUUAUUAUUUAAUUUUAUUCUUUAGAUCUACACUGACUUUCAUUUGCCAGGGCACAAUGCAAUACAUCUACAGUCCCAACAAAGUGGGACAAAAAACAUGUACCCCCAAAGUGCCCUUGGCAAGGAUCUCGAACAGAGCUAAUGUCUGUUAUGGAACUAUGCAUUCUUUGAUUGUUUCCACGUAUUUUUUUAUUUGCUUAUUCAUUCACGUAUUUAUUGAGUACCUAGUUAAAGCUAGAUACAUUGUAGAGUGUGCUCUGGAAAUUCUUGCUUCAGUGUUCAGCUUUAGCAGAUUUCCAGAUCCAUGUUUCCUCUUUUUGUCCUCAGUUAGGUAAUAAUGCUUGAUUCGGAGAUGGCUAAAUUUUGAUUCUGAACUUAUUGUGACUAUUUCAGGUCUUGUUUGGGAGCAGAUUGGAGUGUAUCUUCUGUCCUGAUCAGGUGGCCUGACUGUGAGGUUCUUUGGCUCCCUCGUCCCAGAGCUAGAGAGACCCUGAAGAGACCCUGAAGACCCCUGGUUCUUGAGAGUUCAGGAGGCACCCAGGGAGGCCUUUAGGCCUCAUAGGCACUCCUGCCAUAAGACAGCAGAACUGGGAUGAGAGCCCUGGCUCUGUCCCCUGCCUGAGCAGAAUUAUCACUGUCUUGUCCAUCUCUUUCUGUCCUUGCUCAUAUUAAAAGGAAGCAUGGACUAACUAGCUGGAUUCUAAUACUGACUGCCUUGAACUGUGUCGUUUGACAUGACACCUCACUUCUCUGGGUCUCAUUUACCCCAUCUGUAAAAUUAACAGUUUAUACUAGAUAUUCUCUGAUAUUCUGUGAUCAGCCUCUUACUGCCAUCCUUUCUUUCCUCUGCUUCUCGAAUUUUUCUACUGUUUUCCCUGGGAAUGCUCAGGGUUACUGGAUUGUCUGUAUUUGUAUAUGAUGGUGCCAAGGGACUCAGCCUAAUGUAGCAUGUACAAGGGUAUGAUUCAUACCAUAGUGACCCGGCAAAGAGGUCCCUCCCACUGACUCGUAGUUCUGCAUGUGGAGAGUCAGUCUCCCCUUUUCCUUCUGACCAACCCGUCCCCCCUCUUCCUACCCCACAGCUCUAUUCCAUGUAGGUUGCCAAACAGCUUCACUGAACAGUGGGGUAUGUGAUGGUUUUGAUAUGAUGUCUUCCAGUAUGAGGGGACAGUCUGACUUCACUUUGAGAGGAUGUCUGUAGCUAUUUGGAAGGUAAAAAUAGUAGUGUGAUCUCUGAACCAAAGGAAUUUAUGCUUUGUAACUUGGGUACUUUAUUUUGCAUUUUGUUAAAGUAUUAAACAUUCUUUUCCUGUUUGGGAUCUUAUUGUCUCCUUUUGCAACUAUAAUCAGGUCUUUCCUUGUGAUAAUUGUUUCAGCCUCUUAAAGAUUCAUAUCCCUUCUUCCUGUUAUACUUGUUGUCUUCCUUCUGAUGACCUUUUUUGGGAAUAAGGAGCUACAGGCUUCCAUCUACCCUCAUUCUCAGCCUUUCCUUUAAUUUGUUUCUUCUACCAGAACUCUCCUUAUAACAUACUUCUCUCUCCCCAAUUUUGUUUAUGCUUGCAAAGUAGACCCAAGAGAGUUUUAUAACCAAAAUUGUUUCCACAGAUCCUUUUUUAAAAAAGCUGCCUCCAGAAGGUUAUAAGGGUCUGGAAAGGAGUACAAAAUUACCUUCCUGGACUCACCCAAGACUAGUCACACUCUUCUCCCCAAAACUCGCCCCCACCCAGGAGGCAGGGUUUUUCCUUUGGACAAACCUGCUCCUUGGGAGAAGAGGUGGUAAAACCUGUUUGAAGAUGAGUUUACCUCCCUUUCACACCUCCUGCCUCCUUAGAGGCAAUAACAACAGCAGCUGAGACAAAAAAAGGGCAAAGAAGUGUUGGGGAGCUGGGGUGACCAGCUCCCCGACAACUCCAAGUGUUUAAAGAAGGAGACAGGAAGACUUGAGAAGAUGGGAACUAUACAAGAGGCAGGGGAAAAGACACUAGAUCUUGGGUAAGUAUUGGCUUGCUUGAUUGGAAAUAGUGAAUAGUCUGAGGGACUUUCCCACCAUCCAGCUCUUAACAGGUCAGAUCUCAGGGGUUCCUAGAGGAGAUGAAGCCAUAAGAAAAUUAAUUUGCAGAGGAGGGAUGCGGGUGGCUUUAAGUAAGAAAUAUUAGUAUGGUAGGGGAAAUGGAGGAUGGAUGGGAUUCCAGAAUAAUUCCCUGGUUUAAAAAAAAAAAAAAAAGGAAGCUUCUAUAUUUUGUCUGAUAAAUCUAC